AUGGUGGAGCACAUAUUUGAGGAAACCAAGGCGCACAUGCAGGAGAUUCAUGAAGAAGACUGCGAUGAUUGGUGGGUCUAUCACAAUGCUUUGUCGCUCAUGACUGCCACGACGACAAGGGCAUGGGUGGAGGAGAAGGGCUAUCUCAAGCAUUGGAUCUUGCCGGAGUGUGGUCUCAAUGCACACACUCCCAAGCACAAGCGGUACUAUUCCCAAGCACCAGUGGGUAACUCGCCGGAGCUCAUGCCAUGGGACUGCAGUUUGAACAAGGAUUUCGACUAUGCCAUUGACUAUCGCGUGCUGCAGACUCACAGGUUGCCAGAGGAUCACGAGCUCAAGUUCUCUUACACUACUCCAUCCCAUGGCUCUUAUUGCUUGAGACGUGUCUACGAGUUCAACCCAAGGAGUGAACGAAUCGCCCAUGAUGUCAACCAGUCCCUCCAACACCUUGUUGAUAUUAUGGAGUGGGAAGGAUGUGGACAUCGUUCAGGAGAUUGGGAAUAG